AUGUUAUCUUUCCUACCAUUUCAGUAUCUUCCUUUGCAAAGCAAAACACCAUCAAUGGGUCAAAAAAGUCUGGCAGAGCAAGCCCAAAUCCUCCUUCGAAGCAGACUCUGCAAUCCCACUUUCAUCUUCACCCUUUUCUCCGACUCCCCCGACAGCAACCACAGCAAGUUGAAGUUUAUAAUAUCGAGUUCAGUUACGGAGGCAUGUAACAAUUCAGUUUUGCUUCUUGGUCCUCGUGGCUGUGGAAAGAUUGCGGUGUUGGAGCUUGUUCUCGAUGAUUUACGGAAAGAAUAUCAUGAUCUGAUCACAGUGAUCAAACUGAAUGGACUUUUGCACAGUGAUGACAAUUGCGCAUUGAAGGAAAUUGCUAGACAAUUAUGUGUGGAGCACCAAUUGAUGUUCUCAAAAAUGGCAUCAUUUGAUGAUAAUUCCCAGUUCAUGGUAGCUAUGUUAAGAGAGUGUGGAUUAGCACAUAAAACAGUUAUUUUUGUACUGGAUGAAUUUGACCUCUUUGCACAGGGUAAACAGCGAUUACUUUAUAGCUUGCUAGAUGCAAUGCAAUCUGUAACAUCACAAGCUGUUGUCGUUGGCGUGAGUUGCCGAUUGGAUGCUGAUCAGCUCUUGGAAAAAAGAGUAAGAUCUCGUUUUUCACAUAGAAAACUGCUCUUUCUUCCUCCCUCAAGGGAAGAUUUACAGAGACUGCUGGAGCAUAUUUUGCUAUUGCCAACAGAUUCAAGCCUUCCUCAUGACUAUGUAGCUGACUUCAAUGCGAAGCUUCUUAACAUAUUAGCAGGUGAAAAAUUCAAAGAAAUUAUUGAAACACUGUCAAAUUCUGAUUUGACCUUCAACCACAUGCUGCGGUUUCUGUUUUCUGCCGUUUGUUAUAUGGAUUUGGAAUCUGGUUUCAUGUCACUUGACAACUUCAAAGCUGCACUUUCAACCAUCCAAAGGCAGCCAAAGCUGGAAUGCUUAAAAGAUUGCUCCAUCUUAGAACUCUAUAUUCUGGUUUGCAUGAAGAGGUUGGAAGUGAAAGAGCCAGACACAUACAACUUCAAUUCUGUAAUGAAAGAGUACAAAAGCAUACAUGACUCGUUCCAGACAUCUGAUUAUUAUGCACGGAAUGUAUGCUUAAGGGCGUUUGAGCACCUUCUACAGUGUGAAUUAAUUUCUGUUGUGGACAAUAGAGGGCUCAGUCAGUCAAUUGAAUUUCGUCCUGUGAGGCUACUGAUCUCAUGUCACGAACUCAAUCAAGGGUUGAAAUCACAUCGUUCUUGUCCAGUAAUCCUUCAAAAAUUAGUUGAUCGCGAAGGCUGA